ACUCAUAAUCCAAGAUACCCGCCUCAACUUCAACUCUUCACCCCUCCAUCCCUCCUCUCUUUGAACUCAAACCUCCCAGUGUACACUCCCAUUCACUUGUCCAACAUGACUACCACCACGACCAUGACUCUUCCCCCCGAAGCACCCCCUCAAGAUCCCCCUCUCGACACCGUCCUGGCCUCAAUUCGCUACGCCGAACGCUCCCCAACAACCUCACCUACAGAGAAAGGCUACAUCCUGCACUACGCGGCCCCUCCCCCCUUUCCCCAGAACAACUUCACCAUCGUUCCCCACGCCAACCAAAAGAUCCGCAACCUGCGCACCUCACCCAUCACAUACUCUACCCAUGGCCUGAAAAUCGCGUCCCUCGAUACCGAAAUGUCGGGUAGUUGGGCACCGGAGAAGUUCGACGACGACGACUGGAUCGAGAGCGUGUAUUUGAGGGAGCUGCAGCGCGUGUUGAAGGAUAGCUUGGGGGUCAAGGAGGUCACUGUUUUCGAUUGGAUGUUGAGGAAGAGGGCGCAGAGUUUUCCGGAGAGGAACCGCGGGGAGGAGAAUGAGGGGGAGAAUCAGCCGAGUUUGAGUGCGCAUAUCGAUUAUACCACGGCUGAGCUCGAUGGGAGGCUGGACCAGUACUUUGGCGAUGAGAAGGAAAGUAUCAAGAACCGUAAAUACCAGGUCAUAAAUAUAUGGAAGCCCCUCCUCCCCGGUCCCUGCCGCGACUUCCCCAUGGCCUAUCUCGACCCCACCAGCGUCGACCAGUCAAAGGACUUCUUCACCGUCGACGAGGUUUUCCCCACCGUCGCCAAUGAAGUCUUCCAGAUCCAUCACAACCCGGCGCAUAAGUGGUAUUGGGUUCCCGACCAGCUGGACUCUGAGGUUGUGAUUUUCCAGGCGUAUGAUUCGGAGGAUGGGCAGGUGAGGGCUGUCCCGCAUUGUUCGUUUGAUUUGGGAAGUAGAGGGAGUGGAGUGCCGAGGUGGAGUGUGGAGGUCAGAGCUUUUGUGUUUUAUUAG